AUGACGAAGAUUGAUAAGUUGUCGAUUUUGGGUGUUCGAUCGUUCGAUAAUACUCGCAGCGAGACGAUCCAGUUCCAUACGCCGCUUACGUUGAUUGUGGGGUAUAAUGGGUCGGGGAAGACGACUAUCAUCGAGUGUCUCAAAUAUGCCACCACCGGAGACUUACCACCCAACAGUAAGGGUGGGGCGUUUAUUCAUGAUCCGAAGCUAUGUGGCGAGAAAGAGGUCCUGGCGCAGGUGAAACUGUCUUUUAAAGGCACUUUACAACUUACGCAGAAGACAUUAGAAGGGCAGUUGACGUCUAUUUCCUCUCGCGUGGCGGAGUUGGAUCAGAUCAUGCCUCAGUAUCUGGGCGUGUCGAAGGCGAUCCUGGACUCGGUGAUAUUCUGCCAUCAGGAUGAGAGUCUGUGGCCGAUGAGCGAGCCGUCGGUUCUGAAGAAGAAGUUCGAUGAGAUCUUCGAGGCGAUGAAGUAUACCAAGGCGAUCGAUAAUAUCAAGUCUUUGCGGAAGAAGCAGAAUGAGGAGCUGGCUAAGUACAAGAUCAUGGAGCAGCAUGCCAAGGAGGAUAAGGAGAAGGCGGACCGUGCGGAGAAGAGGUCGAUUAAGCUCCAGGAUGAGAUUGAAGUGUUGCGUGACGAGACACAUCAGCUCUCUCAGGAGAUGCGUCGCGUGGCGGAGCUUGCUGAUAAGGCGUGGAAGGAAUCGGAAAGUUAUUCCCAGAUUCUGGGUGCUCUUGAAGGAAAGCGCAUCGAGGCGAAGAGUAUUCAGACGACGAUUGAUAAUCUGAAAAGACAUCUGGUCGAGCUCGAUGACUCAGAUGAAUGGCUACAGUCGAACUUGGAGCAGUUCGAGUCCAGGCAGUUUCAAUAUCAGCAGCAGGAGGAGGCCCGAAAGGAGAACUACAUGGAGCUCAAGGAGCAGAUAGAGCAAACUCGACAGAGACUGGGCACUAAGCAGGCGGAGUAUGGCAAGUUCGAGAACGACAAAGCCAAUUUUGAGCGUCAGGUCGAGAGGCGACAGAGGAUGACGAAAGAGAUUGCACGGAACCACAAUAUUCGUGGGUUUGACAACGUUGUAGACCAGGCGGACGUCGAUGAGUUCAUGAGGAGAGCGCGGAAGAUCUUGAAGGACCAGAAUCAAGCACUGGAUCGUGUCAAGAGGGAGGCUCAGAGCGAAUUGCGCGAAGUCCAGGCAACCCUUAACCAGAUUGGACAGCAGAAGUCUGCGCUACAAGAAAGUAAAAACGCAGCGAAGCGACAGAUAGCCACGAAUGACAAGGAGGCCGUCACCUAUCAAAGCAGGCUCAACGAGAUCAAUGCGGAUGAAGGUGUUCAGGCUGCGCUGGAGUCGAACAUCGAAGAUAUCGGGUCUCGUUUGGGGCAAGCAAAGGAACGUGCGCGAUCCGCAUCCUGGGACAAGGAGAUACAGAAUGUGAAUUCGCAGAUCCGCGAUCUCGAAGACGAGAGUUCGCGCUUGAAUGCCGAGCUUAUUGAGGCGACGAAGAAGGCUGGUGACUUGGCCCGAUUAGACCACCUCAAGAAAGAGUUGAAGGAGCGUGAGCGCAGCUUGGAGACUAUGAAAGGAGCCCACGACGAGCGCUUGUCAAAGUUCGUUAGUUCGAACUGGAACCCUGAAUCUUUGGAGCAGGAUUUCCAGCAUGUGCUAGAGGAAGAAUCCAGACAUGUUUCGAGAGCGGAGCGUGAGCGGGAUGGGGUCAGCAGAGAACUGGAACAGGUCGAGUUCAAGCUGAAAGGCGUCAAGAAAACAUUGAGCCAGCGACAGAAAGAACUCAAGGAGUGUGUCGAGGAGAUCCGAGAGGCUGUUGAUGACGAACCCGAAGAAUACCCUGGGAUUGUCAAAGAACGUCAAGCCCAGCUCGAUCUUGCCAGAAAGGACGCCGAGCAAUAUGCUGGGGUUGGCGAGUAUAUGAUCACUUGUCUCGAAACUGCAAAAUCGUCGAAGCUAUGCAGGCUGUGUACGCGAUCAUUCAAAUCUGACGCCGAGUUCCAGUCCUUCAAGAAUAAAUUGGAGGGUCUAGUCAAGAAGGCAAAGCGGGAUGCCGAGGAUGAAGAUGUCCGCCAUCUCGAGGAGGAUCUCAAUGCGGCCCGUGAAGCCAGCACUUCCUACGAUACCUGGUGUCGUCUGAAACAAACAGAGAUUCCAGAUCUGGAGAAAGAGGAAGAACAGUAUAUUGCCCAACAGGACAAGCUUUUGGGUCAAUUGGAAGAGCACGACAAAGUCGUUAGCGAGAAGACCGACAAAAAGAAAGAUGUCGAAUCGCUCUCAAAGACAGUCAGCACUAUUGUCAGGUACGACAACCUGUCUUCGAAACAGCAGGAUGCCAAUGCCUCACGCACUCUGGAAGACAUCCAAGAAGAAAUAGCUGGCAUUGGGGAAAAGUCAAGAGCUUUGAAAAAAAAUCUGUCGAAACUCACCCAUGACAAGGAGCAAACAUUGUCUGACGUCAAGAGCAAUCUGGACAACAUAAAGUUCCAGCUCGAGCGAAAGGCGGACCUCCUUGCUCGCAUAGAGGAAUACAGAACCCUUAACAACCAGCAACACAUCGAAAACCUAAACCCCGACCAGCGUGCCGAGGCGCGCGAGAAGGAGAUGCAACAGGAUAUCUCUCAGCUCUACGAGAACGAAAUCGACGCAUACAACGAGCGAGGCGGCCCUAACCAACUCGAGCGCAGCCAACGCGAACUACAAACCAUUGAGACCGAGAUCAGCGAUCUCGAAACCGAACAAGCCAACAUCACCAAAGAAAUCAACAAGAUCUCCGCCCAGCUCAAAGACAGCGAAAACACCAAGCGCCAAUACGCCACCCGAUCCCUCGACAAAGUCACCGAGGAGAUCGAGCAACUCACCGCACAAAACGCCGAAGUCGACCGAAGCCGCUUCAAAGAAGAAUCCGAGCGCAGAGCCCCCAAACAAGCCAGCAAAAUGGGCGAAAUGAAAUCCAAAGACGACCAACUAAUGCAACUUCUUGCCGACUGGAACACCGACUACAAAGACGCAGCAGGCAAAUACAAAGAAGCGCACAUCAAAGUGGAAACAACCAAAGCCGCCGUCGACGACCUCGCCCCCAUCAUGAAAUACCACGGGCUCAAAAUGGAAGAAAUCAACGCCAUCAUCAGCGAACUCUGGCAAAAGACCUACCGCGGCACCGACGUCGACACGAUCCUCAUCCGCUCCGACAACGAAAACGCCAAGGGCAACCGCUCCUACAACUACCGAGUCUGCAUGGUCAAGCAGGGCGCCGAAAUGGACAUGCGAGGCCGCUGCAGUGCCGGUCAAAAAGUGCUUGCCAGUAUCAUCAUCCGUCUCGCUCUGGCCGAAUGCUUCGGUGUGAACUGCGGUCUGAUUGCCCUUGAUGAACCCACCACCAACCUCGAUCGGGAUAAUAUUCGCUCGCUUGCCGAAUCGCUACAUGAUAUCAUUCGCACGAGACAGCAACAGGCAAAUUUCCAGCUGAUUGUUAUUACCCAUGACGAGGAGUUCUUGCGUCAUAUGCAGUGCGGUGACUUUAGUGAUUACUAUUAUCGGGUUUCGCGCAAUGAGAGGCAGAAGUCGAUUAUUGAGAGGCAGUCUAUUGCUGAGAACUAG